UGGCGUUCUAAUAGCUUGUUUGUUGCAUUAUUUUUUAUUUAUUUUUAGACAAAAUUUUAAAACUGUUGUCCAGAUAAUAAGAGGCAUGGGUCGGUCGCCGAGUCGACGCGACGACCGGCGGCGGGAGGAGCGCCGCGACAGAGACAGAGACAGAGACAGGCGCAGGCCUCGCACGCGGUCGCGCUCGCGCUCCCUCGAACGCAGGCGGCGCUCCCCCGACCGCCGCCGGAGCCCCUCCCCGCGCAGGCGACGCUCCCGCUCCAUCUCUCCAGGCCCGACCACCUCGUUCGUAAAGCCGAAGAAGACCUUCGGAGAACGGCCCAUUGUCACCCCGGCGGAUUUAGAGGGCAAAUCGCCAGAGGAACAGGAAAUGUUAAAGGUAAUGGGUUUCUGUGGGUUCGACACGACCAAAGGGAAAAAGGUGGAGGAUAACGUCGAAGGGGACGUACACGUGGUGCUGAAGCGUAAGUACCGGCAGUACAUGAACAGGAAAGGGGGCUUCAACAGGCCGCUGGACUUCGUCGCGUAGUUGCACGAACGUCGUCGCAUGUUAGACCUGCAGGGUCACAUUUUGUGUUGCAAACAUGUGAUAUCGUAGGAUUUGGACGGUGCAGAUGUACUUAUUUAGAUGCUUGAUUAUUAUAGAGCGGACCACAAAGCGCAGAGCGAUGUUAGUAACUGCAAAUGUAGUUAAAUAGGUACUAUAAAAUUAUUGGGUGGAACGCGAAAAGCAGAGCGGUCUUAGAGAACAGGUUAGAACUCUUAGUAAAUGCAAAUGUAGAUAAAUAGAUCAUCAUCAUCAGCUCGGAAGACGUCCACUGCUGGACAUAGGCCUCCACCAAAGAUAUCCACGACGAUCGGUCCUGCGCUGCUCGCAUCCAAUGCCUUCCAGCGAUCUUGACCAGAUCGUCGGUCCACCUUGCUGGAGGCCUUCCCACGCUAAGAUACGUAGAUAAAUUCUAUAGAAUUAUUGGGUGGAACGCAAACGUAGAGCCAUCUUAAAGAUCAGAAUUGCACUCUU